AUGGACUCGUACUAUGUUCAGUACGUAGAGCGGUGUCUCAGGGAGGACCUGUGGGACAUACAGAAAACCUACAUGGAGAGGGAAGAGUCCCAUUUCUGGGUGGCUGAGUCUGAAGGGGAAGUGGUGGCCAUUCGCAUGCUGGAACUGGCACAGCUAUCGGUCAGAUAGAGCCAUCGGAACAGGGGCAUUGCCAGAGCGCUGUCCGGGACAGUCCUUAGCUUUGCCCAGCAGCGUGGCUACAAGGCGGUGAUCCAUGGUGAAUCUGGAGGGCCAGAGUCUGUACCAGAGCCUGGGGUUCAGAGAGAUCUACCAUUUCUCUUCCAAAAAGCUAGUGGGAAAGAUAUUCGAGGGUAUUACGCUUUGUUAUAG